GAUCCUGAUGUCGGCGUAAUUUGUGCUUUUGUCCUUUGUGUGCCAAUUCUAAGCUACCCAAUGGUGUUUUUAUCACUCGUGCAAAGCCGGCGUCCCACCGUCGGUCGUGAGCACACCCGUGUACUGUGAGUUGCGGUUUGGGGAGGCUGCGUUUUUGAAACGUGGCUCCUGUUGGAUAUCUAACCUUGCUUUUUUCCUUACUUUUCUUUGUGGUUCUGGUGUUAUUUUUCUUUUUUGUUUUUGUCUUUGGUCUAUCAGUUCUCUGAUGUGGUGAAGACAACUUUGGUAUCUUUAGCACUUUUCUGAGUUUAAUAUUUUCAUUUUUGUGAUGUUCACUGCAUCGCUUCUUUAUCUUUUGGCUCUUAAAGUGUUUUUCUGAUUUUUGUGUAUGUUUUCUUCUGUCUAUUGUCCAGGAUUAAACUCUGAAUUCCAAAUUUUUUAUAUAUCACUUUACUGAAAUAAUACUUUUCAGGCUUCUGCAUGUAGGUCUUCAGGCCUGAAAAUUCAGUUCAACCUAGGCUUGUCAGUAAAUUCUUGUCCUGCGUUUAAUUCACAUCAAUGGCUAAUGUUGUAUAGUUCUGCAUAACAUACUUUAAAUUCUAUAAAUAUCUUUAUCUGUAAGUUAUCCUACACUUUUUCUUGUUCCAAACAGUCUCACUCAGUUUGAUAAUAAUCUGUGAUCCUUUAUAAAUGUUUCCUUAAUGCUGUCCUUCCAUAAAGUGAAAGGCAAAGCAACUCUUUUCCAAAAAUGUUGUUAUAAAACAUGUUUCGGUUAAGGCAAGUGCUCAUUGCAAUCUUAUCAGAUAAUAUUCACAUGAUAUCAUGAAUGUAGAAAAAAGAUAUUUUCAAGGACACAUUUCAUGGGUAUUAAUAGAUCUUUGUCCUUGUCGUGUUUAUAUAAAGCUUGUUUACAGCAUAUUUUUGGAUUACUACUACUUAGCAUUAAAACUAUUUUCAUACAUACUUGUGUUGGUUUCUUGAGGAUUUUCGAAAAGUAUGAAUUAAAUGCUAAUUUUCGAAAACUUACUUUAAUAGACCAUCGGUAAAAAAACGCACGCUAAUCAAUACUUGGUUUAGAACAAUAAAUUACAUUAACUGGAUGGGUUAAAUUUGUGUUCAAGCAAGUUUUUUUGUGUUCUUGUUUGUUUAUUGUUGUUGUUGCUUUUUGAUGUUGGGACAUGGAUGCAUUCAAUAUUGUUCGAUGAUAUAUCCACUUAAACAGAUACUAUCAGACGUGAGUGCUUUUGCGCUUAUCAUUACCUCUCAUUAACAUCAAACCGAAUCUGCUAUGUUUUCGCAUUGAUGGAUUUUAUACUUUGAAAGGAUGAUUCAUAGAUAUAUUUAUUUGACGAUUUUCAGGGAAAAGUAGGACGAGUAUAGUACACAUGCGUAACACUUUAUUGCAUAUGUCAUCUCACGAGUUUAUACGAUGAAAACGAGUUCAAUGGCAAUUGGAGGACAGCAUAUUUUACGGAAGAAUAUUUAACUUGACUACCUGUUGAAACAGGAUCUCAUGUGCCAUUUAUUAACUGCAAACGAUUGACCUGAAUACAUAAUACCAUUUAUGACAUGAUGCUAGACGUAAGAUAGAUGUAACGAGCGGCAGUUGAAAAAGUGUCGUAUAACGCUUCACUUAUUCGCAGAUUUCCGCUUUUAAAUGGACAUUGCCCUAAAAUUAUGUUGAUGUGACGUUAAACCCUACAACAGAAGUACUGGGUUGUGAAUAUCGUGCGCUAGUGCCCAGGACAUACCUGACCACCUUUGAUCAUUGUAGAUUCAGCAAUCAACAACCGAGGCAUACUAGUGUCUAACAAUUCAAUUUAAAAGAAAACAAAAGCCAAAACACUGAGGUUUACUUUUCUGAAGAGCAUUAUUGACUCAAUUGGAAAAUAACGUCUUCAAAGCAGAUAUUCAGACCCAUGGUUUAACAAUAAAAUUCGUAAGAACUUGAACAAAUCUAACAAACCAGCUAAAAUGAAGCUCGUGGCCUACAAACUGUUUCAAAAAGAGGACAAGUUACUAUUUGGAGCAGCGAAUGGAACAAUUUAACAAAGCAAGAAGUAUUGUAGUGAAAAUGUCGAUUCUAAUGUUUCAACAUCCUAUAGAAACGUACAGCUUUAGCAUUGUUUAUUUUCAUACGCAUCAAUUAACAAACGUACUACUUCCCCCCAUAACAUAUGACUAUAAGACAUCUCAGAAAUAUUAAUUCUAGUUGACUGGAGGUAAGUUUGAGACUAGAAAGACAAUGUGGAUAAUAAUAGCUUCAUUUUACGCAUGCGCUAUGUAUCAAUUUAAUGCAAAUGAACUUAAUAGAACUAGAACCUAAACUAUGCGUCCUUUGUUGACGGGAUUUGUUCACUGAUCACAUCACUCAAGUUUUCAGCCGCUAAAUACUUGACGUAUUUUUGACAAUCGACUAAUACUACUUGUCAUUUUAAUCAUGACUGCAGCCCUUCUAACAUUGCUAAUUUAUAUAUUUAGUAAAGUAAAAUUCGUUUGAUGAGGAUUUUCAACAUUUAAAGUAAAUACAUAAAGAUAAAGUAUUGUAGUGAACGAUGACCAUUGGAUAUUUAAAAAAAAUACUAGGGGAAGUCGCCCUAUCCUUGUAUUUCAAUAAAGCUAUAUUAAUACCAGCAUCGUGACAUUGUGUGAUGAAGUCAUCUCCUUUUUUGAACAAGAUUUAUGUCGGGUUUCAGACAGAAAAUUGAUAUUCUCGUUGGAUCUAAUUGUGCACUACUUUUCGCAUAUUUGUUUUUCUAUUUUUAUAAAAAAAAAGACUACGUUGGACCUUUCUUCAGAUUCACAGACAGAUGCUAUUGCUGCUUUUAAUAAUACAAUUAUGGCGGUGUCUUAAACUUAAUAAUAUACCACGGUAAUAUUUCAAAAUAAAUCGCCCUCCAUUUGUAACCAUUUUGUAAGGAGAUAAGACCGCAGCGAUAAAAACAUUCCUAUGAAAUGGAUACAAAUCAAACGUAGUACAUAUUGUUUUAAACAUUGUUUAGUCUAUGCAUAUCAAAAGUAAUAUUGACAGUAAUGUCUAAAGAGCAAGUAUAAGGUCAUUUACAAAUUCCUUUUGCAUACAAGCUGAGCUGUCACUUUUAGAUUUUCUGGAAGAUACCGCAACACAUGACGCUUCAGUGCAGAUUAUAUCGAUCUUUUGCGUAGCAAUAGAUAUAGCUGUCGGCUAAAAAUGUAAAUACUAUUUGCAAAUUGGGUUAAAUGAGUGGGAGUGGAUGUUGUGGGCUACUGUUGCACUGUAUGACAUGUUACAUAGUUCACAGAUGUCCUAAAAGGAUAUUUCAAGAAUCACAAAAUAAUUCACAAAAUAAAAGCCGAAUAAGGAUCUACGGUAUGAAAUAAUCCGAACUGUGAUCAAUAGGGUAAUGAAGCAGCUAUAUAAAGUUCAAUGACACGUUUAAAAAAUUAAAGGCAAGUUUUAGCGGCUUAUAUAGUAUACCUAAAACUACUUUUUUGGCUCCGUUAACAAAAAAAUGCAAGAAUAGAUCGAUAUUGUCUGUAUUGAAAUGUAAUUGUCAAAAGAACUCAUUUAAACAAUAUAUUGCAAACAUUUGUUAUGAAUUUGAUCCCAAAAUAAUGAAUUUAUACACAUUUUUGUAAGGCCACUGUCCAAAUAAGUUUGACACUGCAUGUUUAAUAUUUAGUGAAGUUCCUUUGUUUGUUCGUUUUGUCCUCGUGUGUUGACUUUGUGUGUGUUCGCAUGUAUGUGUGUGUGUGUGUGUGUGUUUGUGGUGUGCACGUCUGCGUGCUGUAGGUUUCGUUUUGGGGAGGCUGCGAUUUUGGUACGUGGCAUUCCCUGUUUGAUAUUUGUCUUUGUUUUUUAUUCAUCGAAUAAUGAGUAAUUUUGCCGAGAAAUAUCAAAUGAAUACAGAUUAUUGUUCAAAACUUCUUGACUAAAGUAUAAUAGAUAGACUACUAAGCAUUGUCAAUAUGACUAAAGUACACGACCUUCCAUAAUUGUAAUAUUUGCCUAGUGCUUAUGACUGAAAAAUCAUUACAAGUUAUAACUAGCACUCGCAUUGACAGUCUAACAGCAGUAUGAUGAACAAAAAUAUCUAACACAUACUUUUAGUGAAAAGAUCUUUUUUUCAAAAUUAGAGUUUUUAAAUGUGACAAACUUCUCGAGUGGGACACGGAAUUUACAAUACGUUACUAUUACGGCAUUAGACGAUUCAAUUUAUAGUAAGGUAGAGCAUUAUAAAUUCUUAAUUCAUCUCGUGUUACGCGAGAAUUCACGAGUUCCGCCAACAUUGGAAAACGAAAGUAGCGUGAUAUGUCAAAAUGUCAAAGUUGCAGAAUUGUGUGAUGGUGUCCUCGUUAAGAUUAUGAAAUACAAAUUAUUUCCUAUCCGUUCAGUUUGCAACAAACAGACUUGAAAGGGCUGCUUUAUAAAAGCACAAGUCAUGGAUAGACAGAUUUCAGACUUGAUCAAUAUAUGCCGUGAUCUGAAUUCAGAACGAGGACCUGAACGUAGGAAAGCGGCUGUCAAGCUGAAAAAUGUAUUGUCACAUACAGCAACAAAGAAGGCACUGGACAAGAAUCAUGAAUACAAACAGUCAACAAAGAACGCUGGCAAAAUGUUUACAUGGGAAAGUGUGUUCAGGUCUGUGUGUCUUUAUGUUACCAUGGAAACGGAAGAGCUACAGAAUGCCAAUCAGGAAGUAUCGCGCACAACACUGAAUAAUAGAGAGACUCGGAAGCAAGAGAUCAGCGCCCUCGUUAAAUACAUGAUCAGGUCUGCUGAUAAAGGUUGUCCAAAGCUAAAGGGAAGCCUGUUGUUUGACCACAUACGUAAGAUCCUUCAUGAAGACUAUACCUGUGAGUCGUAUGGACAGGACUAUUGUAGUAUACUGCUGAAGAAUGUAUUGUCUGUCAGAAAAUAUAUGGUGGAACUUAACACCAAGGAUUGGCAUGAACUGCUGUUCAUGUUUUUCAAGCUUUUCAAUGAUCCAGAUGUGAAGAUAGACAAGCUUUUACUGUCUCAGAUUAUCCACUCUCUUGUAUGUGGAGUUACUUCACAGUGUGAUGUCAGACCAAAGAAGGUCCUAUCUUUCUUCACUGAGUUCUUCUCAAGAGCAAAGUAA